ACGAUACCCCAGUUUUUAAAUGGAUAGUGGAGUUGUCGACUUAAAAUAAAUACGAAGAUAUCUAAGUCAAUAUACAUUUUUGGGAAAAAGAGUGGGUAAGAGAAACAUCCGAGAAGCUCUGAGUCACGGCUCUGGUGCUGGACAUGGGGGAGGAAGGGCAACACUGACCGAAAGUACACCUCAUAAUAUGUAAGGUGCGUGUGCUUCUUUUUAAUGCCCCUCCAAUGGCCGCGCUACGCCUUUUAUUUCUCUCGGAUUGCUUUUCUGCUAUUAUAAUCCAUCUCUCGUAGUACUAGAUGGCGAACAUCUGCUGUGGAUUGCUGAAUGAGAGUAGCGUAUCGCGGUCUUCUUCAUCGUGCGAGACGUCUUCCUGGUCGGCCAAGAGGAGGAGACUGGAGAUCGGUAAGAUUAAGUUAGUUUCCGGAGGAGCUCCGUCGGAAACAGAGAACAGACUGAAACGUCCUCGUUUGGAGAUGUGUUCCUCUUCAGGAUCGAUUUCGAGGCCGUGCUCUAGCGUCGUUAACAAUUCCGACAACUCCGAAGCUGAGGAGGCGGUUGUGAACGGAAAAGCUGGAUUGAUUUUGAGCUCGUUGACGUCUGGUUUGCUGCCGAAAUUCGGUGUGGCCUCCGUCUGCGGACGCCAGCGGGAUAUGGAAGAUGCGGUUGCGAUUCAUCCGUGGUUAUGCCAUAAGGAUCGCGAAAACAACACCGAAUUGCACUACUUCGCUGUGUACGACGGCCAUGGAUGCUCUCACGUUGCGACGAAGUGUAAAGAGCGAUUACACGCGCUCGUGAAGGAAGAGGUGGAGAAGAAAGAGGAUUGGAAGCGUGCGAUGGAGCAGAGCUUCAGGCGCAUGGACAAGGAGGUGAUUGCGUGGAACGAGAGCGUCGUUCGUGGCAGUUGCCGGUGUGAGCUGCAAAGCCCGGACUGCGACGCCGUCGGGUCAACCGCCGUCGUUGCAAUUGUAACCCCGGACAAAAUCAUAGUGGCCAAUUGCGGCGAUUCCAGGGCGGUCCUUUGCCGGAACGGCAAAGCUAUUCCUCUCUCCAAUGAUCAGAAGCCGGAUCGCCCGGAUGAGUUGAAUCGGAUCCAGGAAGCCGGCGGGCGGGUCAUAUACUGGGAUGGUGCUCGGGUUCUCGGAGUGCUGUCGAUGUCAAGAGCCAUAGGCGACAACUAUUUGAAGCCCUAUGUGAUAUGUGAGCCGGAGGUGACAGUCACUGACCGGUUGCCGGAAGACGACUGCUUGAUUCUGGCAAGUGACGGAUUAUGGGACGUGGUGUCGAACGACAUUGCAUGCGGAGUUGCGCGGAUGUGCUUGAACGGGAAGAAGCGGGCGUCUCGCCAUGGCCUGUCGGAGAAGGAAAUAGUACUACAGAAUUCCGACAAAGUUUGCUCCGAUGCGUCGGUGUUGUUGACGAAGUUGGCCCUGGCGAGGCGGAGCUCGGACAACGUGAGUGUAGUCGUGGUCGACUUGAAAAAGGCCACAUAGAUCCGUGGAGAUAUUAUCAUGACCAGUGAAACAUGUUACGGAGUAGUUAGUUAGAGAUAUUUUGAUAUGAGUGCCUUUUCCCGGUAUUUCUAUGUCAAACUAUUCGGAGUGACGUAAGAUUAGGGGUCUAAAAUGUUAAAAUAGAUUUUUGGACUCCUAAUUUCAUGUAGUGGUAGGAUAUAAUGAGUAUUAAAAUAGAAAAGGGGGUGGAGGGGUAAAUAUAGAUGGAGGAUAAAAUCUCAAGGCUCAAAAAUAUUGUGGACACGUGGAGAGGAGACUAAGAUAGAGAACUGUGGAGGUAUGUGUCCAUUAGAUUUUUUUUAAAUGAAUUAUUGUUGAGGUAUAUUAUCUCAUUCUGUUACUAUUGAGGAGCCCAAGGCCUCGCCGCAGUACGAAGCCCGAAUGAUGAAGUCCAUUUCAGUCUAUCAAGCUUGGUUCGGCCCUUUGGACCCAUUUUGGCCCACUUGGCCCAUUAAAAUAGGCUUUUCCCCUACCCCUUUUCCCUAUAAAUAAGAGGCCUUCCCUCCAUGUUAGGGGUUGGUUUCUUCUUCCCCACUUCCUCCUUUGUUUUCUCUAGAAUAAUUGGCUAGCAAUUUCCAUUAAUGGAAGUUUCAUACUUGUACUAUAUAAAUGGUGAGGAGAGUUUAAUGAGAAUGAGAGUGCUUGGACAUUAGCAUAAAAAGUCUCGUGGUUUUCUCCCUUUCGGGUUUCCACGUAAAAAUAGUUUGUUC